AGGCGGCGAGGCGCCCCCCAGCGGAGAGUCGGAGCCCCGCACCCGUCCCGCAGCGGCGGGCGAACGCAGCUGAGGUCCCGCGAGGGCGCUCGGGGAUGGGCCAGACCACUGUGGGGCUGGGGGAGAGAGCGCUCUGCGCGGCUGCGCUCCCCCGCCGCCCGCGCGGAAUGGUACGGCCCGGCCGGGGUUAAAGCCCGCUGGGGGAGGCGGCAAGUCCAGCGACGGCGGAGGCAGCGGUGGGGCGAUGGGCCUCCGAGCGGGAGGAGCGCUGGGCAGAGCCGGGGCGGGCCGGGGGGCGCCCGAGGGAGCUGGGCCGAGCAGCGGCGCGCAGGGCGGCAGCAUCCACUCGGGCUGUAUCACCGCGGUGCACAACGUGCCGCUGAGCGUGCUCAUCCGGCCACUGCCGUCUGUGCUGGACCCGGCCAAGGUGCAGAGCCUCGUGGACACGAUCCGGGAGGAUCCGGACAGCGUGCCUCCCAUCGACGUCCUCUGGAUCAAAGGUGCCCAGGGUGGUGACUACUUCUACUCCUUUGGGGGCUGCCACCGCUAUGCGGCCUACCAGCAGCUACAGCGAGAGACCAUCCCCGCCAAGCUUGUCCGGUCCACCCUUUCGGACCUAAGGGUGUAUCUGGGCGCUUCCACGCCGGACUUGCAGUAACCGCCUCCUUGGCACCUGCCACCACUGCCGGGAACCCAGAAGACACACCUGGUCUCCAGUGGGCUGGGCCAUACAAAAGUGUAGCAAGGGUGCAUUCUCUUUGUACAUGGGGGGUAGGUCUAACUUGAAGCACCCUCUUUGCUAGCUGCAAGACCUUGGACUCAUGACUGAACAGUGUGGGUCUCUCACGUCCCACCUCGGGGAAAAUGGGGUCAUGUGUUUGCUCUCGAAGGAUUAUUGAGAGGGUGAGAUGAGAAAGGAGAUGGGUUUGGAGAGCCAUAUGCUGCUGGCUCCAGAUUUCCAAGGACAAGGAUCCUUCUGCAUUUCUAUCUUUAUAUAUCAUAUCAUGUGAAUACAUUCAUCUGCAAGUAAAGCCUAGGUUACAGUGGCUUAAACAAAGAGAAGUUUGUUUUUCCACAUAGCAUGAAUUCUGGAGACAGUUGGCUAAUGGUAUUAGUUUCACAACUCAGCAAAGUUAGGGCACACAUCUGUGUGAUCCUUUUGGCCUUUCCCACAUUGCAUGUCACUUCAUGGUCACAAGAUGGCUGCUGUACCUCCAGCAAUCAUGUCUGUGUUCAAGGAAGAAUGGAGUCAGAGAGGAGGAAGGGCUCAGCCAGCUGGACCUGUCAACUUCUGUUACAAAGUGAGGUCUUUUUCAGAGGCUUGUUUCCUGCUCUCUUCCCCUGCGUAUUUCUACUUAGGCUCUUUGGCCCAGACCAGGUACAGUUGCCACCCCUAGUUAUAAAAAAAGCUAAGACGACAGGAACACAAUUGUCACAAUUGAGUAGAUCAGUCAUAUCCCAUCUCCUAGAACUGCCACACUCCCUCCUAAAUAAUAUGGGAAUCCCAUUACCAAGAGAGAAGUGAGGAAUUUUGUGUCAGUUAGCCUUUGCUGUGCAACAAACAAUUCCAGAACUUGGCUGCUAAAAGCAAGUUUAUUUGCCUGCAGAUCUGUGGGUUGGCAGUUUGGGCUGGGCUCAUCUGGGCAGUUCUGCUGAUCUUGCCUAGGGUCCCUCACAGGGUUGUAUGCAAUCGGCUAUCAUCCCAGAUGGGGCUGGAUGGUCUUGGAUAGCCUGACUCACUUGUCUGGCAGUAGGUAGGCUGUUGGCUGUGUGACUUGGUUCUCCUCUUUGUGGUCUCACCAGCAGGUUAGUUCAGGCUUAUUCGCAUGAUGUCAUCAGGGCUCAGGGAGGGAGAGAGGUGUGUGUGUGUGUGUGUGGAAGGUGGGACAGGAGGAAGGGAAGAGGGAGGGGGAGAGAGAUGGAGAGAGGAGACGCUCCAAGGGUUUUCUGAGUUUUAGGUCAGACUUGGUACAACAUCACUUCUGCUAAGUCCUUUUGGUCAGAGCACAUCAAAAGUUUGGCUUGGAUUCAAGGACUGGGGAAACAGUCUAUAGCUCUUAGAGAAACUACAAAGGAAUUGUGGCAUUUUUUCCAUCUAUCACAAAUGACUUUGGAUAAGCAAAUAACAGUGUUUCUCUCUCAUGUUUCUCUCUCUCUUGUACAGGGCCUUGCUCUGUCCAGGCUGAAGUCACUAAGACACUGUCCUGGCCCUGCAGAGGGAAGGAGGUGAUGGGACAGUGGGGGUGGUCUCUCCCAGGGCUGGGCCCACUCUGGGAAGGGCAUCUCUCAUCAUAUGUACUGGUGGGUUAUGGGGUGUGGGUAGGCCAGGUGGGACAUUCCAAAGGAACUUCUGAAAUCCUAGAGUCCUGGGGGGAAAGGAAGAGGUAGAGGAAGGGUGCACAGUGAGGUGAGCCUUGCUCUCACUGCCUUGCUAAAGGAAAUUGGCCACUUGCCGUUUUCAAGCUUCAGUUUUCAAGCUCAGUAAUGAAGACAACAGCUUUCCCACCCAUUCUCUAUCUCAGGGGAAGAUGACUGAGGUAACCAGUGGAAUUUAAAAGGAAUAUAGUCCUAAAUGCAAUGUGAUAUACUGGGUUGGAUCUUGGAACAACAACAACAAUGAAAGGAACUUAAUGGAAAAACUGGAAAUCUGAAUAAGGUCUGGAUUUUAGUUAAUUUACACGAAUGUUGACAUUGGGGUGGGCUGGGUGCAGAGUAUGUGGGAACUCUUUGUACUAUAUUUGCAACUUUUCUGUAAAUUGAAAGUCAUUCCCAAAUAAAAGUUUA